CGAAUUUACAUUCCUUUGUUACGCGUUUGAUCGCGAAGACCAGGUUUUCAAAAGUUCAAAGAAAAUUAACACUGUCACAUGGAAAAAAAGCAAGAUGAAAGAGAGAGAAUACGAUCCUGGAGUCGUCGAUAAAAUCCAAUUUCGAAAAUGUCGAUUUCCCACAUUAAAACGAAAUUUUUUCGAAAUGUUUUACAAUUUACAAACAUUUAGCAUUUCGAGCGUGGAACUGGAAACGUUGCAGGUGAACAUGUUCCGAGAAGCGAAGAAUCUAACAGCGCUUGACAUCUCUAAAAAUAGCCUGAAGGAAAUUCCAUCGCAUAUUUUCAUCGAUGCUGUUAAAUUACAAGACGUGGAUUUUUCCAACAAUUACAUUAUACGGAUAGAUCCGCUGGCCUUCGAGGGCGCAAUACAAUUGCAAAAAUUGGAUCUAUCCUUCAAUCAAAUCACUGAUUUAGAUUCACGUACCUUCAAUUUACCGAAUUUACUGAUGUUGGACUUAUCGAACAAUAACAUAACGAAAUACAACGAAAACAUUUUCGAAAAAUUGACCAAUUUGACCACAUUAAAUUUAUCGUUCAACACAUUGGAACAUUUGCACAUCGGUACAUUCGCUGGCUUGUUCAAGUUGAAGGAACUCAGCUUGAGGCAUACAAACUUGUCGGACAUUCAAUCUGGCACAUUUUUUGACCAAAAUUUUUUGCUUUCACUUGAUUUGUCCGAGAACAACAUCAAACGAAUUGACUUCAAAUCAUUCGCGUCGAUCCUACUGUUAAACUUGCAAUCACUUCGACUGGGUGGAAAUCAACUAACCGAUCUGAGUGGCUUCCACAAAGCACUUUUUCCUCAAAUGGAAUUAUUGGACAUUCAAGGAAAUCCAUUUAAUUGCUCGUAUUUGCUUCAUUUCAUGGAAUCAGAUUCACAUUGGAAAACGAUUCAAUUCCAUUCAAAGGCAUCUGAAACGUCUGAUGUGCACAAAACUUACAUUCAAGGAGUUAAAUGCGACCUUACUCCCGACGGAAAGACCAUACAUAAGUAGACUACUUUCCCACUAUCAAUUUAGAGGUGUUUUUAGGGAGGAAAAGUAGUACUGUACAUACAACGCAACGUUACAAUUCAUUUGCAUAGUUUAACGCUAUGGCCGAAUCCAAUA